AUGCCAGUACCACAGGAAGAUGCUCUCCCAGUAGGAAACCCAACUUCAUCCUCGCAUACCGUCCCUGCGGAGGCUCAACCGGAAGUAGCAGAAGUCCUGGAGAAAUUCCAGAAAUUAGGUGAAGAAGCGGCUGCCGAAGAGGAAGGUGACAGUGAUGACGAAGAUGGUGAAGCUGAGGGAGAAGGAGUAGGUGUAGCUGGGGAAGGAGCGACGGAGGGUGCAGGUGGUGAAGGUGGUAAGAAGAAGAAAAAGAAGAAGAAGAAGGGGAAAGCUUCAAAAGCUGUUCAGAAGUUGAAGAAUAUUGCUACGGGUCAAGCACCUCAACAGGUAAUUGAUGCAGUUCGAGAACAGAUGGACCCGCAAGAAUCGAAUGCCGCUACUGAUGAGGAAAUUCAGAAAGCUUUGAAAGCAGCCGACUUUAUGAAAAUCUUGGAAGGUAAAGUAGCUCUGGGUAACAAAUCAAAUAGCAAAAAUCUCGGUGAACAUAAAUUCUGGAAAACACAGCCUGUUCCUCAAUUCCCUACUUCCUCCUCUGGUGCGGCAUUAGAAGAAGGUCCUAUAGAUUCUUACAAGACCCCUGCGGAUGUGAAGCAGGAACCUGGGGCUUUACCUUCAGGUUUCGUUUGGAGUCUGAUAGAUAUCAAGAAUGAAGAGCAGUGUAAAGAGGUUUAUGAUUUGUUAUCGGAAAAUUACGUUGAGGAUGAUGAAGCUAUGUUCAGAUUCAAGUAUUCUAAAGAAUUCUUACUUUGGGCGUUGACUGCACCAGGGUAUUAUCCAGAUUGGCAUAUUGGCGUAAGAGUACAGAAGACAGGGAAAUUAAUCGCUUUCAUUUCUGGUAUCAAGAUUGAGAUCAGAGUCAGGUCAAAGACAUUCGAUUCAGCCGAUAUCAACUUCUUGUGUGUUCACAAGAAAUUACGAUCGAAGAGAUUAACUCCUGUCUUGAUCAAGGAAGUCACGAGAAGAGUGAACCUAGAGAAUGUCUGGCAGGCCAUAUAUACGGGUGGUGUGGUCAUUCCCACUCCUAUAGGUACAUGUCGAUACUGGCACCGAAACCUCAACCCUCCCAAACUCGUAGACAUAGGAUUCUCGCCCCUCCCACGAGGAUACACUAUCGCACGAUUAGUCAAAUCAUACUCCGUACCUCCUCACCCUAGGAUACCAGGAUUCAGAGAGAUGACCGAAAGUGAUGUACCUCAAGUAGGCGAUUUAUUGAGAAAGUACUUGAACCGGUUCGAUAUCGCUCAGACGUUUGGUAAAGAUGAGGAAGUCAGGCAUUGGUUCUUAUCUGGACAAGGAAAGGAAGAUAAAGAUGGUAAGAGGUUAGAACAGGUUGUAUGGUCAUACGUUGUUGAGGAUCCAACGACCAACCUCAUAACCGAUUUUAUGUCCUUCUAUUCCCUCCCAUCAACCAUCAUGAAACAUCCCAAACACGAUAUGCUCAAAGCUGCAUACAUGUUCUACUACGCUUCCGACGUGAUCUUCCAACCUGGUGGAUCAGCCGAUGAUGCUGCCACGCACGAUAUGAAGACCAACAGGAAAUUGGAAGAGAGAUUGAACGCUUUGAGUAAUGAUAUGUUGAGUAUUGCUAAAGCUGCCGGUUUCGACGUACUUAACGCAUUGAGUUGUUUGGAUAAUAAUAUGUUCUUACAAGAACAGAAGUUCGGUCCCGGUGAUGGUUACUUGAACUACUACCUGUACAACUGGUCUUGCGCACCCAUCGACGGUGGUCAGCGAACGACCUCUCAAAAGCAAGGUUCAGGUAUAGGUGUGGUGAUGCUUUAA